CCAUUGAACUUCCUGCACCAGUGAACUGCAAUCCAUAAGCUAGCUCUCUUGAGUGCAGAGACCUAAAUUUUUAAGGGUGGCACCAGGAGAAUAAGUGAAAGCAAGAUGGUGAAGCUCGCAUUCGGAAGCGUCGGAGACUCCUUCAGCGCCACCUCCAUCAAGGCUUACGUGGCCGAGUUCAUCGCCACCCUCCUCUUCGUCUUCGCCGGAGUCGGUUCCGCCAUCGCCUACGGGCAACUGACCAAUGGCGGCGCGCUCGACCCGGCCGGUCUCGUGGCGAUCGCGAUCGCGCACGCGUUGGCCCUCUUCGUCGGCGUCUCCAUCGCCGCCAACAUCUCCGGCGGCCACCUCAACCCCGCCGUGACCUUUGGCCUCGCCGUCGGCGGCCACAUCACCAUCCUCACCGGGCUCUUCUACUGGGUCGCUCAGCUGCUCGGCGCGUCCGUCGCCUGCUUCCUCCUCAAGUUCGUCACCCACGGCAAGGCCAUCCCGACCCACGGCGUCACCGGCAUCAACGAGCUGGAGGGCGUGGUGUUCGAGAUCAUCAUCACCUUCGCGCUAGUGUACACCGUGUACGCCACCGCCGCGGACCCCAAGAAGGGCACCCUCGGCACCAUCGCUCCCAUCGCCAUCGGCUUCAUCGUCGGUGCCAACAUCCUCGCCGCGGGACCCUUCAGCGGCGGCUCCAUGAACCCCGCCCGCUCCUUCGGCCCCGCUGUCGCUGCUGGCAACUUCGCCGGCAACUGGGUCUACUGGGUCGGCCCUCUCAUCGGCGGAGGCCUCGCCGGGCUCAUCUACGGCGACGUGUUCAUCGGCGGCUCCUACCAGCAGAUCGCCGACCAGGAGUACUCAUAAGGAGGAUGAACUGAACCGAGUGCAGCGUGUCCAUCUGCGUCGUUUGCUUUGCUCUUCGCCACGCGACAUGGUCACGAAUGUGUUUGUACGAAUCAUGUGCCGUCCAUGGUCUUGUGUUCCCUUUCCUUCCAUUUUUGGUUAAAAAAUAUCGAUGUAAAGAUCUCGUCCGAUCUGCGGUUCUCGUUUGCAAGGAAAAAAAACGUGAUUUGCCUUCGGUUUCGUUUAUACAUUGAUUUCUUGUUCC